AUGUCUGAGACUUUCCAAGAGCUCGCCGAUAUUCCCAAGGACUUUGUCCGCGAGGGUUCCCUCUUCAUCAAGCGCUGCACCAAGCCCGACAAGCGCGAGUUCAUUAAGAUCAGCCAGGCUGUUGGCAUGGGUUUCCUGGUCAUGGGUGCCAUUGGCUACUUCGUUAAGCUGAUUCACAUUCCCGUCAACCAGGUUCUGGUCGGUGGCGCAUAA